AUGGACGAUGAAGAUGCUGGAAAGCCUGUAGCAAGCUUCUUUGGCAUCACUGGAAAAGGUCCCAAAGUACUUGCAUAUAUUGGAAAUAAUGAUGGGAGAAAAUUUUUAUAUGAUGGUGAGGUGACUGUUGACAAUAUUAAGAAUGAUGGUGACGUAAAAAUUGUUGUCGGGGAUAACUUCGAUGACAUUGUCUUGGAUGAGUCAAAGGAUGUUCUCCUUGAGGUUUAUGCUCCUUGGUGUGGCCAUUGCCAAGCACUGGAACCAACAUACAUGGGUAAUAAUGGCGGUUCAAACCGCCGUAUUAACCUAUCAAAAACCGCCGUUUUAACUUUGGAAAUAACGGCGGUUUGA